UGUGAUUCCAACAAUGAUGCAUGACGAAGUGCCUGUGGAGCGCUACUUCAUGGAAAAGAGCCGCCGAAAGAAGCCUGGUAAUGUCAAGGUCACCGAAAACUACCUACGAACGGACGUGCAUUGCGGGCUCAAGCACUGCCGUCUCUGCGAGGGGGUGUCGCCGCCACUUCUUUGUUUGGAGCCGCAAACCACCAUCGUCGUUCCCGACUCAUCUUUCUUGGUGUGCUACAUCGACCUGUUCAACGAUGUCGCGUUCCAGGCGGAUCAAAUCCUUUUCCUGCAGUCUGUCUUGGAUCGUGCGGGCGAUGUGGUUGGGACACGAGAAGCAUCGCAGAUCGACGCGUGGUUGUCUCGGGAAGGCGACCGUGCUCUGCUCAAGACGUUUGGGUACUUUCCCAACAAGCACAUGAUCGACACGUAUGCCCCCACGCACGUGUUCGAGGUGGCAUCGUCGAAAGACACUGCAAUCGAUCACACCCGCCUGGACAUUGAGUCCAUGGAACAGAGAGACCGGCGACUGAUCGCAAACGCCAUGGCGUGGUACUCGUCGCACUCCCCCGCAACGCAUCUUGUCCUUCUCUCCGACGAUCCCUUGCUUUCUUCGUCGAUCCCUCCAUCUCUUGACCACGUCGAUGUGCUUUCCUGCGCCGACUUCAUCGAUACACACUGUUCAUCCGGUGCGCGAAUCGACCUCCACGCAAUCCGGGCAGAAUGCGCCCACGCGUUUCAACGUCGGCAAGUCUCUCCUCAAACGUUUGCCCAGCACGACUCAAACCCGUCUGCGUGCGCGUUCCAAGGCAUUCUUGACGUGAGCACCCACCACCCCCUCGAAGCAUUUGUAAACAUCACAACGGAAGCUGCGUCCAAGAUGCGGUCCAUCUUCAUCUAUGGUCGUGAUGCUAUGAACCGCGCGAUACACGGCGAUGUGGUCGCUAUCGAACUCUUGCCCGAAACGGAAUGGCUUGCCCCAGAGAGCGCCACGUCACUCGUUCACCAUGUUGCGUCGACCGAAGACGAGCUCAAGCGAGCCCAGAAAAAAGCCCACCCAGCCACCUCGACGUGCGUGAGUGCUGUGCCCACUGGCCGUGUCGUUGGCAUCGUCUCCCGUCCCGACCACGUUUACGUUGCAACGAUUUUGUCAUCGACUGUGGCUCCUGGAGACGACUAUGCGCUGGCGGUUCCCAUGGACAUUCGCAUUCCCAAGAUUCGCUUGCGUUCUCAAAACGCGACGGCGCUCGUGGACCACCGACUCAAGGUCGUGGUGGACGCGUGGGCCGCCGACUCGACGUACCCACAAGGCCACUAUGUUCAAAUUCUGGGUCCCGUUGGGGACGUCGAAACCGAGAUCCAAGCGCUGUUGGUUGAACAUGCCGUGCAUGCCCAUCCAUUCAGUGAACCCGCGCUCGCGUGCCUUCCCGACGUCCGAGACAUCGCGGUGGAUAUGCUCGCGGCGUGCGACACGAGCAAACGGCCGCACAUCCCGCUGACGAACGACUGGCAGGUUCCCCCGGAAGAAAUAGCUGCCCGUCUUGAUAUCCGCUCGACGCACCGAGUGUUUAGCGUAGAUCCUCCGGGAUGCCAAGACAUUGACGAUGCCAUGUCGAUCUUACACCUGCCGAAUGGCCGGCUCCAACUUGGUGUGCACAUUGCCGACGUCGGGUACUUUGUUGCGCCGGACACGGCGUUGGAUUUGGAGGCCCAGAACCGCGCCACGACCGUCUACUUGGUCGACCGUCGCUACGACAUGCUACCUGUGCUCCUGAGUGGGGACUUGUGCUCGAUUCACUGCGGUCGCGAUCGUCUGGCAUUCAGCGUUUUUUGGGAGAUCGAUCCCAUGACGCUCGAGAUCGUGCCCGAUGCCACCACAUUUAGCAAGACCAUUUUGCAUUCAACGGCCGCCAUGACGUACUAUCAAGCGGAUCGGUUGAUGGAUGGGUUCGCUGCGGACGACCCGGCCGUGCCGAACUCGGUUGGCACUGGCACUGCUGGCCAGCCGAUCCCUCAAGCACUGCAGCCAUCCCUUCGACAUGACUUGUUGAUUCUCCGUGAGAUUGGUCGCAUGCUGUAUCGAAAACGCGCGUCCCAAGGUGCCGUGGACCUGUCGUCCGGCGGCGAACUCAAGUUUUCAAAACUCCCCGACGACGAAAGCGGCGACGCAGGAUUAACCGUCACGACCAAGGCAGCGCUCGAAAUCCACUCGACGAUCGCCGAGCUCAUGAUUCUGGCGAACGCGACUGUCGCUGAACGCCUCGUCCGUGCAUUCCCCGAGUCUGCCAUGUUGCGCCGCCAUGUUCCGCCCACAGGCAAUCGCUUCGACCAACUCGUCGCGCUCGCAUCGGCCCAAGGACUUGUCCUCGACACGUCCACCAACUUGACGUUGCAGCGGUCGCUAGACACCAUCCAAGUCGACGACGACACUCUAGCGUUGCUGAAGUCGAUGGCGACGCGGGCCAUGUCGGAAGCCGAGUACAUUUGCGCCAGCGAAGCUAGCGGCACGCAGCUUCGUUUCGGCCACUAUGGCCUCGGCCUCGAGUAUUACACUCACUUUACGUCGCCCAUUCGACGGUACGCUGAUGUCGUCGUGCAUCGCCAGCUCAUGGCAACGCUGGACAACUACGUUCCUCGUCCUCCCAACGUGUUUACUAAAGGGUCGAGGGUGGUGCGACGACGACAGGCCCCGGCCCUGCCGUCGUCGCUCGUGCCGUCCGUGCUCACGAUCGACGCCACCGAGUCGAGUGCUUCGCCGCCGUCGUUGAUGCAGCGAGUCUUUGCGGAUGACCAAUACCUCCUGACCAACGCUUCGCCCGCCCCCCGUCGACCCGCUGCUGCAUCCCCCGACCCAUCGCAACUCCCGAUGCUCCACACCGAUCGCCUCGUUGCUUUGAGCCAACACAUGAAUCGCCAGAACCGCCACUCCAAACGCGUCAGCCGAGCGUGCGACGAGCUCUUUUUGGCGCUCUAUUUCAGGUCUCACGUGUCGGUCGUGCAAGCCGUCGUGACAGCGAUCAAGCAGAACGGACUCCUUGUGUACCUCCCGCAGUUUGACGUGCGGGCGCCCGUCUACUUGAAAGACCGCGACGGCGACGUCCACCUCCACGCAUGCAUGGUGCCCCGGCCGCUACGACCUCACCUCCGACCUGCCAAGUACGCGUUUGCAUCGUUGGGCGACAUGGCUGUGCUGCCGAAUGCGUCCCUCGCGCUCUCAUCGGACUGCUUGCGCAUCGUCGCGCCCGACGGCCACACGGCGAUCGCAACCUUUGCGCCCUUACAAGAAGUGCAAGUCCAUGUAUCGUGCGACUUUUCCACCGCAUCCGUUCGAUUACCGCAGCUCCGACUCUUGCUCGUGUCGCCUGAAAUGGGCCGAGACAGCACUGGGGUCGUCCACUGGUCGGCAAAGGUGCUUCUGGACCAUGAACCGUGGAACGAUUCCAACACGCGUGCCAGCAACACGGGCCUCACAGAAGCCAUGGGGGCGCUCGACCUGCGAUCCCAACCAUUUCAUCGCCGACCUCCCCCCAGCCUGUACCAGCGACUGGACAAAGCCAAGGCGACAGCUGCCGUCGCUUCGAUCGACCCGGGGAACGCUCCAAUUGCAUCAAGCCGAAGGGACAACAAAGUGGCGCGGAGUGCACUUGCCAAGAAAGACAGCAAGGCCGUCGGGCGAGUCGUGUUUGGUGGGUUCGAGCCGGUCGUAGACAAAAAGUUCAAUCGGUUGAUGACUGCGCACUACGAAAACCGGAGCGCCGAGCUGGAGGCAGCCAUGACGAUCGAGCGAAGUGCGAUCAGAGAGAUCGGGGACACGCGGCAGUUUGAGGCGGACGCGCUGCGCCGGUCCGACAAGCUGAUGGCCGAACGACGGCACGACCGCAUCAAUCGGCGCAACAAGGCCAACAAUUAACACGUUUUCCACAUUUUUUGUCGUUGAAUCAAAGGAAGUAGAAUGGCUGGUGCUCGUCAGUCUCCAUGAAAGGAAC